AUGGUUAUUACUGCUGUAUAUGGCAGUAACACAGUCUGGUUAGGAGAGGUCUUUGGGCUCAUCUUAAGAGUUUGGAAUCUGUUAAAGGAAUUGAACAGAAGUUAUUAUUCUGACAUUUCUGGCAGAGUUGCUGCAAAAAGGGCUGAGCUUGAAUCUAUUCAGCUUUUUAAUCUUGUCCAUGUGAAUCAAAGGAGGCUGGAGGAGGAGAGCAAACUUAGAGAUGAUCUUGUAGCUCUUGAGGAUGUUGAAUCUGAAUUUUAUAAACAAAGAGCCAAGGUUCACUGGCUACAAGAAGUUGUUCUUGAGGAAUUUUUUAAGGAUCUUAUUGGAACUACUGACCCUAGUGUGCAGGGAUGUUCUGCUGAGUGGCUUAAAUCUGUCUUGACUUAUUCCCUUCCCCCUGGUGCUGCUGAUGGUCUUACUUCUGAGAUCACUAAUGCUGAGAUUAAAGAUGCAUUGUUUAGACAAGGAAACAAUAAAAGUCCGAGUCCUGAUGGUUACACCCCUUGGUUCUUUAAGGUUGCAUGGGACAUUGUAUGUAAUGAUUUCUUGAAGGCUGUAAGGUACUUUUUUCAAACUUCAAUCAUCUUGCCUGCUUUCAAUGCCACUGUCCUAGUCUUAGCUCCUAAAUCCUUAAAUGUAUGCAUGGCUAAGGGUUUUAGGCCUAUCUCAUGUUGCUAUGUGUUUUACAAGACCAUCACUAGAAUUUUGGUUUCUAGAUUAGCUUUAUUUUUCCCUGACAUGAUAUCCCUUAACCAGUCAGUAUUUGUUAAGGGUAGAAACAUAGCUGAUAACACUUUGCUUGCCCAAGAAACUGUAAAGGGAUACUCUAGGAAGAAUUUAUCUCCUAGAUGCACUAUUAAAGUUGACUUGCAUAAGGCCUUUGAUUCAAUUGGUUGGGAUUUCUUGAUGACUGUUUUAGAAGCUAUGGGUUUACCUGAGGUUUUUUGUGGAUGGAUAAAAGCUUGCAUCACUACUCCUCGCUAUUCAAUUUCUUUGAAUGGGAGCUUGGUGGGGUUUUUUAAGGGUGCAAAGGGGGUAAGGCAGGGGGAUCCUCUAUCCCCUUAUCUCUUUGUUAUCGUUAUGAAUGUUCUAUCUACCCUUCUGGAUGCUGUAGCAAUGAAUGGUGUGUUCAAAUUUCACCCUAAGUGCAAAAGAAUUCCCCUCACUCAUCUUUGUUUUGCUGAUGAUUUGUUAUUGUUUUGCCAUGGGUCUUUGGAUGCUAUAUUGGGAGUAGUUAGUACGCUUGAAAAGUUUUAUGAGAUCUCAGGUCUUAAGUUGAAUGCUUUAAAGUCUGAGUUGUUUGCUUGUGGAGUGGCUAGGGAUGAGCUUGAAGUGAUCCAGAGUAGAAUUGACAAUUGGUCUAGUAGGAAACUCAGCUUUGGUGGUAGAUUGCAGCUUGUGAAGUCUGUCAUUUUCAGUAUAUUUGGUUACUGGUGCAGUGAUACUUCAGCAAGAGGGGCUAGAGUUAGCUGGAAUCAGAUUUGCACCCUUAAAUCUGAGGGUGGUUUGGGUCUUAGGAAGCUGGCUGAUUGGAGCAAGGCUUGUUGUUUCAUGCUUUUUAAAAACAUUCUUGUUGGGGAGGGGUCCUUAUGGAUUGCCUGGGUAAAAUCUUACUGUUUUAAAUCAGUACACUACUGGGAGGUUGAUAGUAAAGCUCAUUUCAGUUGGACUCUCUGCAAGCUGAUCAAAAUGAGAGAGGAAGCUAGAAGACUUUUCUGUUCUAUGGCCAAUCUGUCACAGAUUAAGGGCAGUUGGAUUUGGGAAAAUAUUAGAAAAAUGAGAGAAAAGGUUGACUGGCAUCGGCUGAUCUGGUUCCCAGCUCAUGUUCCUAAAUUCUCUGUGGUUUCUUGGAUGGUGAUGCUGGAUAGACUGACAACAAAGGACAGACUUAGGCGUUUUGGUAUUGUGACUGAUAAUUUAUGUGGUCUGUGUGGGGCUAGUCAGGAAACUCGUAACCAUCUGUUCCUGGAAUGCUCCUAUUCUUGUGAGGUUUGGCGCUCCAUUAUGAACUUUUGUGGUUUGCAUUACCAACUUCCGAGUUACUGGGAUGAUGCUAUACGCUGGAUGGUCCUGAACUUUAAAGGUAAAUCCCUCUUGAUUUAUAUUCUCAAGUUAGCUUGGACUAGUUUUGUCUACUUUAUCUGGGAGGAGCGAAAUCACAGAUGUUUUAGAGGAGUGACUCGCUCGACUGACUUAAUUGUAAAUAGAAUUAGUGAGACUGUUAGAAUCAAGCUUCAUAGAUGUCAUAUGAAUAGGUCUGAUGCUGUAAAUAGUCAGUUGUGCCUCAAUUGGGGGCUGAUAUUGUAG